GAAAUUAUCAAGUCAUUUCAUAUAGAAAAUGAGUUAUGGCGCGAACUCAGUGAACCUUUUCUUACUUCAAUUGACCCAUCUCUAAGUAUCAUCGAUCCAAUGAUACUACCGUUAAAUAUUGGUCAGCGAAAUGGUCAACAAAAUAAUGACCAAGCAACUAUUGUUGCUUAUGAUUCAUAUGGUUUAAGUGUUUACGGACGCUUAGGCCUCUUUUUGAUAGAACUUAUUCAUAAAAUUGGUGUGGUUUCUUUCUUUUUUGGAAGUGAUAAUAAGAUAGAUACGCAGAAUGAUACAUCAUAUUCAAAUUGUAAUCGAAUUCUUUUGGAAUUAUUACUUUUAUCUGUGUUGUGUACGGACAUUCGUCGUUCCCGUAAAAGUGAUCACCAUUUAUGGGAUGCCUUUAAUGUAGAGGAGAGUGAUUAUCGUGGAUUCAAAGCAUUUUUGGUGGAUGCUCGUUUGAUUGUCAAAAACUACACUUUGCAAAUGUUACAAAACGGACAGUUGGACGUUGAAUUCAUUUUAAACAACCUAAAUUCUACUAUGAUUUCCCACAAUGUUCAACAUAAUGGCAUAUCAGGUUUACUUUGUGAAGCAGUAAAAAGAUCACAUGGAGAGAAAGUAGUUGCUGCAGCGAGUAUUUCCCUCAAACAAGCUGAAGAAUUUUUAGAUGUGAUAAAAUCAGAACAUAAUCCAAAUGUCUGGUCUAUGCCCACGUCUUCCUCGAUUCAUAUUUUGAUUGCCAAACUUUUGCACUCUCUUGUAACUACUGUACAAGAACUUUGUGGAAAUCAUUGGAGCUUUAUUUUUGAACUCCUUCAAUAUUGGUUACAAAUUUUUUCAUAUCAAUACUGUGCAUAUUUGGAAAUUUUAUGUGAAGCAUGUCAUGAUCUUCCAAAAGAAAUUCUUGUGCAUAAGAAAGAUGAGCUUUAUGCCUUGUUACUUAUUCCUCAUGAGGGAAUCCAAAAAUGUGCAUACAAGCUCGCACAUAUCUUGGUUAACGAAAAAGUAUUGUCUGAAGGGUUUGAACUUCUCGGAACUCCAGAUUUGGCCCUGGAAGGAUUAAAACCUCAUGCUUACACCAACCAGGGCAAGGGGCCUUUGCCAGGAGGAAU